AUGACGUCACCAUGGAAGCAGUCAAGCGGUGGCAGUCUUCUCGAAGAUGGCAAACGUUCAAGGUUGAACGAAUCAUGGACGCAAGCCUGUAAACCUCUGACAAAUCUCGCCUUCGUGAAAACUCACAAGACCGGUAGCACCACACUAGCUACGAUAAUAAAUCGCUACGGAUUCACCCGGAAGUUAUCGUUUAUGUAUAACCGGAAGCACUCGCAUGGUCAUUUCACGGUGCAGAAGUUAGAAGUGGAAAGAUUGUUGCCUCCAAUGUGUGUCAGGGAGGGUGAUUACGGGAACUACCGAAAUUAUAAUUUGAUGACGGCACACUUCAGGAUGUUGCCCAAUUUAGUUCAGUUGAUGAAGUUGAUGGCUCCGAAUUUCAAGAUGAUCACCAUCAUCCGAAAACCACGGUCUCAGUUUGAAUCCGCCUUCUCUCACUUCAACGCUGGGGGCAGCAUGGGACUCCGUCCUCUCGAUAGAAACACCACGCUUACUGAAGAUUUGACGCGCUUCCUAACAAAUCCCGCAUUCUAUUGGAGUCGCGCAUCGUGGUUUGCGCGCUGGUAUACGCGAAACGGACAACUUUAUGAUCUGGCGGAUACAGACAACUUCGGGAGUCCCGAGGAAGUGAGUCGGAUGAUAGGACGUCUCGAUCGAAUCAUCGAUUUAGUGCUGAUCGCCGAAUACUUUGACGAAUCGCUGGUUAUUCUCCGGAGAUUAAUGUGUUGGGACUUCAAAGACAUCGUGUACAUAACGCAGAACGCGCGUGAGGAAAAAUUCCGAUCCGAGUUGACGGCAGAGCAGGAAGCGCGUCUGCGCAGUUGGAACUUGGCAGACUCGAUCCUGUACGAUUACUUCAACCAGUCGCUCUGGGUUAAGAUUGCUCGCUAUGGUCCGGGGUUCCAGCGGGAUCUUGCCCAUUUUCGCAGGCUUCUUAAAGAAUAUCAACGAACUUGCACUAACGGAACUGUAGUUCGUUCAAGAGGGAAUCGCGUAAAGUUGGUAGCAGCGAAUAAUUCAACAUUUUGUGAACAGGUUGUAGAUGAUAACUAUCAAACAGAAAAACUGAUAAUUGAGAGACAAAAUGGAGUAGGUUCGUGUUGA